CCCCUCGAGGGCACGAGUCAUUUCCGUCCGCCGAGGAACUGAGCGCCGCCGGCCGUGUUGCAAGCGGGGCGCCUCGGGCAGGACCUCCCUGGUCGGAAGUGGCCGUGAGCCAGAGCAGCGGUCCCGGGCUGGCACCCAGGAUGGGCGAGGUGAAGGCCCCGGGCCGCUUGUGGCUCGAGAGCCCCCCUGGGGGAGCGCCUCCCAUCUUCCUGCCCUCGGACGGGCAAGCCCUGGUCCUGGGCAGGGGACCCCUGACCCAGGUCACGGACCGGAAGUGCUCCAGGACUCAAGUGGAACUGGUCGCAGAUCCUGAGACCCGGACAGUGGCAGUGAAACAGCUGGGAGUUAACCCCUCAACUGCCGGGACCCAGGAGUUGAAGCCGGGGUUGGAGGGCUCUCUGGGGGUGGGGGACACACUGUAUUUGGUCAAUGGCCUCCACCCACUGACCCUGCGCUGGGAAGAGAUCCGCACACCAGAAUCCCAGCCAGAUACUCCACCUGGCACCCCUCCGGUGUCCCAAGACGAGAAGAGAGAUGCUGAGCCUCCCAAGAAGCGUAUGCGGAAGUCAAACCCCGGCUGGGAGAACUUGGAGAAGCUGCUAGUGUUCACCGCAGCUGGGGUGAAACCCCAGGGCAAGGUGGCUGGCUUUGAUCUGGACGGGACCCUCAUCACCACACGCUCUGGGAAGGUCUUUCCCACUGGCCCCAGUGACUGGAGGAUCUUGUACCCAGAGAUUCCGCGUAAGCUCCGGGAGCUGGAAGCCGAGGGCUACAAGCUGGUGAUCUUCACCAACCAGAUGAGCAUCGGGCGCGGGAAGCUGCCAGCCGAAGAGUUCAAGGCCAAGGUGGAGGCUGUGGUGGAGAAGCUGGGGGUCCCCUUCCAGGUGCUGGUGGCCACGCACGCAGGCUUGUACCGGAAGCCAGUGACAGGCAUGUGGGACCAUCUGCAGGAGCAGGCCAACGAGGGCGCGCCCAUCUCCAUCCGGGACAGCAUCUUUGUGGGAGACGCAGCCGGACGCCCGGCCAACUGGGCCCUAGGGCGGAAGAAGAAAGACUUCUCCUGCGCAGAUCGCUUGUUUGCCCUCAACCUUGGCCUGCCCUUCGCCACGCCUGAGGAGUUCUUCCUGAAGUGGCCAGCAGCCGGCUUUGAGCUCCCAGCCUUUGACCCUAGGACUCUCUCCCGCUCAGGACCUCUCUGCCUCCCCGAGUCCAGGGCCCUCCUGAGCUCCAGCCCGGAGGUGGUGGUCGCCGUGGGAUUCCCUGGUGCCGGGAAGUCCACCUUUCUCAAGAAGCACCUCGUGUCGGCCGGAUACGUCCAUGUGAACAGGGACACGCUAGGCUCCUGGCAGCGCUGUGUGACCGCGUGUGAGACAGCCCUGAAGCAAGGGAAACGGGUCGCCAUCGACAACACAAACCCGGACUCCGCGAGCCGCGCCAGGUACGUCCAGUGCGCCCGAGCCGCGGGCUUUCCCUGCCGCUGCUUCCUCUUCACCGCCACUCUGGAGCAGGCGCGCCACAACAACCGGUUUCGAGAGAUGACGGACUCCUCUCAUGUCCCCGUAUCAGACAUGGUCAUGUAUGGCUACAGGAAGCAGUUCGAGGCCCCGACGCUGGCCGAAGGCUUCUCUGCCAUCCUGGAGAUCCCGUUCCGGCUGUGCCUGGAGCCGAGGCUGGAGCGGCUGUACUGCCAGUUCUCCGAGGGCUGAGCCCCGCCCAGCUCCCCUCCACAAUAAAUGUCGUUUCUCCUUGA